GUUCAAACCGAACUCUGAUACUUGUAUCCAGUUUAAAAUGAAAGCGAGCAUUACAUUCAUAUUCUUCACAUUGCAGCUGCAGUGCGUCACCACGCGGUUUGUGCAGUUCAUAAGGCUCCGUGGCCCAAAUCAAGCAGCCUGGAUGCAACUGCACCACUAAGAGGAUUAGACCAGAUUUACCCCACCCAUCCGCCGUCAGCAGCAACAGGUCAGCGCGCCACAUUUCCCCCUCAACCGAGGCCCAUCGAGCAAGAGGAACGGGAACCACCGUGCUUCCUCCCGCCCGACGGACGGGCUUCUGCCAAAGAUGAGCCGCCUCCCCCCCGGGUCACAAUACCCCAACGCGAGGUGAACGUGCUUUCAUUAUGACGCCAUACAUCCUGGGCACAGCAAUUACAUGGACAUUCAAGGGGAUUCUGUGCACGUGCAGGUUUCUUUGGAUAUGCCCAUACAACGCAAUCAAAUUCUUUCCAAGGAAAAGUCACAUCAUGGAGGACACAAGCCGACAGGCCAGACACGUGGUGGGUAAGGAUGACUUUAAGUAUGAAAGGAAUUGUUACAAUGAAAUGAAGUCGAUCCAUCACGUUGUACUGCCAAAUCUACUUCAUGAAGCCGAAGGUCUAUCUGCAUUCGGCUCUACUUGACUUCUUGUCAUGAAGCAGAAAAUUGCGAUGGCCCCUUUCUCAGUAUCUGAGGGUAAGGGGAUUGCAGCCAUACCAGGCAGCCCCGACCGUGCAACCGCCCUCCAUAAAAGACUGACCAAAACCGAGGCUGACAUAUUGUCCCUCAAGACCAGGGUUGCCUGUGAGCGGGCAUCAUGGGAGAGGAGGUUUGCAGAACUUCGAAGAAAACAGGAAGAACUACUUAAUCAGCUGGCCUGUCAGGCGGGAGAGUUGGGGAGAGUUGGCAGGUGCAAAGAGAGCGAAGAGUGCGGCGUGGACAACGGAGAGCUAUUUGAGGACUGCCCAAGCGGUCUCUCAGGACGGGUGUACCAGCGCCGAGGGUCGGAGGUGUUGUCCGGAGGUGACGCCUGUGCAGAAAGACAGUUAUCUUUAUCGCUAAGCUCAAGACCUUCCUCCUCCUCAGCCACCAGAUGUUGGAGGACCUCUAAGGGGCCUCACCGGGUGUUUGUACCCCAUUCCCCCAUGGACCUGGAACUGGGUCACCGGGUCAGGGUCAUGCUGCCGUCUGGACGGACCAGAACGGGAACGAUUCGUUUCCUGGGUCACCUGCAGGGGGAGGCGGACCUUCACCUCGGGGUGGAGCUACAAACACCCGAUCACGGAUUGCACGGUGGCAGCCACAAGGGACGCAGCUACUUUAAGUGCGAGCCUGGCUGUGGGGCCUUUGUACCAUUCCACAAACUACUGAUGGCCUGGGAAUGACAGAAGUACAAACUGCUUUUGCAGAAAUGUCCAUGAAGAUGCAAAGAACGACGGCUUAAAGAGCACAGAACAGUAGUUAUGAGCAUGUAUCUCAACACUAAUAAACUAAUGAAUGUCUUUGUAGUAUACUUACAAAGUGGAUGUUUACUCCCAAUAAAGUGUGGGCUUGGAUUAUAGUAAUAACAAUUAAUAAUAAUAUUGGUAAUUAAUAUAGUAAUAUUCUCUUCUGCUCAAAAAACAAGCAAUAUGUCUCACAAAGAAAUGCUGAAUUUCAAAGACCAAAGGCACUAAAAACCGGUUUAGCACCGUGAACAAAAGGUUUUUUCUUGCCGUGAGCUAAACGUCCUCCGUGUUCAUUUAGCUUGCUGAAAUAUGAUAAUUAGCACACAAUAUACAACGAGGCAUACAAGUAUUUGGUGAAUCAAAGUGGUUACAAUUUCUCCUCUGGGGACCAUAAAUGUGUUUACUAAAACUCGCAGAAAUCCAUCAAAUUGUGUUUGAGCUGAACCCGGACCAUUCGAAAACAGCAUCCCAGAACAGUCCGUCUCUGAGCAUAUAAACCCACACAGACUGACCUUUCCCCUCGCCCAGAAAAUAACAAGCUUACAUUCUGCUCAAACUUGCAAAAUGGGCAGAAGAGCAUUUCUUAAUUUGUGAAACACCCACUUUCUUUGUCAGAGCUAUGGUGAGGCGGGUCUGUGUAAGGGAGACGUGCUUGUGA